UGCCACAGCACUCUAGUCCGGGCAACAGAGUGGGACUCUGUCUCAAAAAAAAAAAAAAGAGAAGACAAUGCCUAAACUAGGCAUUCUUGGAAGGCCAGGGAUUGAUCUGAGAUUUAUCUGUAUGUCUUGAGUGUGAUCCAUGUGGCUAGUUACUCUUUGAAAGGAUGAACAUCAUGCUACUUCAUUCCACAAUGGCAGGGACAGUGGCUGUUUUGUUUGCCACAUAGCAUAAUUUGUCUAGCUCAUAAUAUUAAUAGAUGGUAAGUGAGUUUAUAUCCUGGGGAUUUGUAAGGGAGCAGAAGGGUAUCGUUUAGAGGUCUUGAGCUUUGGUCUUGGGCGGAGACCAAAGGUUGUAGGGGAUUGGAUUGUCUUCUUCUUGGUCUCCCGCCUGGUUGUAUUACUCUGGUCUUCGCCAUUUGGAGGUUGGACAGCCUCUAGUUGCACAGACUGUGACCUUGUCCCUAAGGAGUUAUGGACACUCCCAGGAUUUUAAUAAGGUAACAAUACAUUCCAAAGUGUUUCAGUUCAGGUGAGGAAUUCUGUAAUCUUGUGUAUGUGGGGAAGAGAGGAUGGAAGAGGAAAGCUGGAGAAGGAAGGUGAACUAGGAAGAAAGGGAGCCCCAGUAGAUCGUGGGCUGGUGUGCCAUGUUGAUUUAGGUUUUGUGUUGCUGCUUAUUCCUCACUUUAGAGCAGUGGUCCCCAACCUUUUUGGCACCAGGGACCGGUUUCAUGGAAGGCAAUUUUUCCACAGACUGGGGGUAGAGGAGUACAGAGCUCAGGUGGUGAUGCACGUCCCAUUUCUUAUUGGGCCAUGGGCCAGUACUGGGCCAGGACCUGGGUAUUGGGAACUGCAGCUUUGGAGAGAGAGAGAGAGAGCAUGUGUGUGUGUGUCCAUGUGCCCCUUUCUGCACAGCUGUGCUUUCCCAAGGCCCAUGUACAUCUGAGCUAAGGGAUAUAGUUUCAGUGGGCGUGCCUGGCUUGAGGAUAAGCAGUGUGAACAUGCCUGAGCAUCUGGAUGUGAUGGGGUUGUGGUCUGAAACUCUGGGCUCCAUCAGAAGUGUUCUGCACCUCGUGUCUCAGUGUAACAAUUGCCCAUUAAAUACCAGGCUGCCAGCAUAUGGCUUUCCCCAACAUCCUCCUUGUUAAGUGGAAACUUAAGCUGUGUGGUUAGGAUAUUUUCACAUCAUUUAGCAUUUCAGAAUUAACACAUUUUGGAGAAUUCUGCAAUUAAUACAGCACAUUUGCAGAUUAUUUCAGAAACAGAUAAAUCAGACUCAGUUGAUCUGUAGCUGCUCUUUCCCUUGAUGGGUAAAUGGUGGGUUAGGAAAAGGCUGGCCACCGAGAGGAAUUCGGUGCCCCCCGUGGUGCUGUGAUGAAAGUGGGAAGUCUGGCGGAGUUGUUAGCCCUGCUGUAAAGGGUGCAGAUGACUAAUGGCCACAUCACCAAGAGUUAAGAGUUAGACCUUUUAAAGUCUUUUUUCUUUUAUGACCCACCCUAUGUAUUCCAGGCAUAGGUAUGGCUGCAGUGAAGAAUUUUCUCAUUAAAAGUAAUGGCUUAUUCCCAAACUAGUUCCCAGUCUUGGAAUGAGAAACUGGUUUCCUUAGACUGGAGGAAUUGCCGAUCUGUCUUGGCUUAAUAGAGCUUGCAGAUGAGGGCGUCUGGAGUAGGCAAAUUUUAUAACCAAUCAGUGCUCAAUGUAGAUCUAACUGGAAGGGCUCCAGCUGGCAGCUCUUGGUCCCUCUCCCAAGUUUACUGUUAAUGAAUUAUUAUUAUUAUUAUUUAACCGCUAAAGAGAAUAGCCUGCUUCUCUUGUCUUAGGGAAGUGGACACUCAUGAUCCUGGUGGCCUGGCAGUUAGAAAUUUCUGGGCUGGAGGGAGUUUGAUGUCAGAGGGCCAUGGGUGGGCAGAAAGAGUGGUGGGUGAUGUUCAGGCACGGGCAUGACCCUGGGUCUCAGCAAUUCUACGUGCAUUUGCACACCGUAGGGAUCUGUAGUGGAAAAGCAAAUUGGCUUCACUUCGCAUCAUGUUCUCUUGUUUUCCCACAGGGAAUGGGGCUGGCCACCAGAAGCAGCGGGCUGCACAACAUCACCUUCAGAUAUGACAACUGCACCACCUACUUGAACCCAGCCGGGAAGCAUGUGAUCGCCGACGCCCAGAACAUCACCGUCAGCCAGUAUGCUUGUCAUGACCAAGUGGCAGUCACCAUUCUUUGGUCCCCAGGGGCCCUUGGCAUCGAAUUCCUGAAAGGAUUCCGGGUGGUGCUGGAGGAGCUGAAGUCGGAGGGAAGGCAGUGCCAACAACUGACCCUAAAGGACCCGAAGCAGCUUGACAGCAGCUUCAAAAGCACUGGAAUGGAAUCUCAACCUUUCCUGAAUAUGAAAUUUGAAACAGAUUACUUUGUAAAGGUUGUACCUUUUCCUUCCAUUAAAAAUGAAAGCAAUUACCACCCUUUCUUCUUCAGAACCCGAGCCUGUGACCUGUUGUUACAGCCGGACAACCUGGCUUGUAAACCCUUCUGGAAGCCUCGGAAUCUGAACAUCACCCAGCACGGUUUGGACAUGCAGGUGUCCUUCGACCAUGCACCACACAACUUUGGCUUCCGCUUCUUCUAUCUUCACUAUAAGCUCAAGCAUGAAGGACCUUUCAAGCGAAAGAUGUGUAAGCAGGAGCAAAAUACAGAGACAACCAGCUGCCUCCUUCAAAAUGUUUCUCCAGGGGAUUAUAUAAUUGAGCUGGUGGAUGACACUAAUACAACAAGAAAAGUGGUGCAUUAUGCCUUAAAGCCAGUGCAUUCCCCGUGGGCUGGGCCCGUCAGAGCUGUGGCCAUCACUGUGCCCCUGGUUGUCAUAUCAGCAUUCGCAACGCUCUUUACUGUGAUGUGCCGCAAGAAGCAACAAGAAAAUAUAUAUUCACAUUUAGAUGAAGAGAGCUCUGAGUCCUCUACCUACACCACAGCACUCCCCAGAGAGAGGCUCCAGCCGCCGCCGAAGGUCUUUCUUUGCUAUUCCAGUAAAGAUGGCCAGAAUCACAUGAAUGUCGUCCAGUGCUUUGCCUACUUCCUCCAGGACUUCUGCGGCUGUGAGGUGGCUCUGGACCUGUGGGAAGACUUCAACCUCUGCAGAGAAGGGCAGAGAGAGUGGGUCAUCCAGAAGAUCCAGGAGUCCCAGUUCAUCAUUGUGGUUUGUUCCAAAGGCAUGAAGUACUUUGUGGACAAGAAGAACUACAAACACACAGCAGCCAGCCGCGGCUCAGGGAAAGGCGAGCUCUUCCUGGUGGCGGUGGCGGCCAUCGCUGAAAAGCUCCGCCAGGCCAAGCAGGGCUCAGCCGCGGCGCUCAGCAAGUUCAUUGCAGUCUACUUCGAUUACUCCUGUGAGGGAGAUGUCCCUGGCGUCCUGGACCUAAGCACCAAGUACAAACUAAUGGACAACCUGCCCCAGCUCUGCUCUCACCUGCACUCGCGAGACCACAGCCUCCAGGAACCGGGGCAGCACCCUGGCCUCGGCGGCAGAAGGAACUACUUCCGGAGCAAGGCAGGCCGGUCCCUGUACGUCGCCAUUUGCAACAUGCACCGCUUUAUCGACGAGGAGCCCGACUGGUUCGAGAAGCAGUUCGCUCGCUUCCGCCCGCCCCCGCUGCGCUUCCGGGAGCCAGUCCUGGAGAAGUUCGACUCCGGCGUGGUGUUAAACGACGUCGCGUGCAAACCGGGGCCGGAGGGCGAUUGCUGCCUGAAGGCCGAGGCGUCCGUCCUUGCGGGGGCCGGGCCGGCCGACUGGAACGCAGAGAGCCAGCACGCGGGCCUGGACGGGGACGCCGAGGCCCGGCCCGGCCCUGACGGCGGCGCGGCCCCGCGGCCCCGGCCGCUCGUGGCCAAAGCCGGCAGCCCGUCGGACAUGCCGCGGGACUCGGGCAUCUACGACUCCUCUGUGCCCUCGUCGGAGCUGUCGCUGCCGCUGAUAGAAGGACUCUCGACGGACCCGACGGAGACGUCCUCCCUGACGGAGAGCGUGUCCUCCUCUUCAGGCCUGGGCGAGGAGGAGCCUCCUGUCCUUCCUUCUAAGCUCCUUGCCUCUGGGGCGUGCAAAGCAGAAGUUGGUUGCCGCAGCUACAAUGAUGAAUUCCACGCAGUCGCCCCUUUGUAACAAAACGAAAGAGUCUAAGCAUUGCCACUUUAGCUGCCACCUCUGAUUCCCCAGUUCAUCUGUCUGGUUGCAUGGCCAACUUGGAGCUGAGGUCUCAUGCAAAGAUAUUUGGAGUGAAAUUCUGGCCAGUACUUGUUCCCCCUUGCCCCAACCCUCUACCAGGCAAAGUCUCCAAUUUUCUAAAACCGUAUGGAACUUUGAAAGGCAUGUCCAUAAGGUCUGAAAACAAUUUGCCAUGUUAGGUCAGUCCUUGGAUCAGAGCUAGUUCUGGGAAAUAGGGAGGAAACAUGUAUAGAGGAACAGGGAAAUACCUGCACUGAUCUUCAGACAUCAUUGAGCUCCACAAACUUUACCUGUUUGCUGUUGGCUACUUUGAUUUGAAAUGCUUUGUGGAAAAAGUGCCUUUAAUGUCAUAACAGCCACAGAAAUCAAGUACCAGUGUAUCUGGAACUCAUAUUGUAGAUGAUGUUCCUGUCCAUUUUUGAUGCAGAACUUAUGAUGCUAUGGUUGUUAAACUUUGAGUCAAAGAUCAAGAAAGUGACUGAGGCUGGGCAUGGUGGCUCACGCCUGUAAUCCUAGCACUCUGGGAGGCUGAGGUAGGAGGAUCACUCAAGGUCA